AUGAUCACGCCCAUUACUGAGUUCGAACCUCCGCGUUCGCCGAGACGCCCCACCAAAGCCCUCCACCUCGACCCGCAACCAAAAAAGCACUACUCACUCUCUCGCGAAGAUGCCUCGCACUCUUCUGAAACGUCUUUCCAAAGGACUGCCCAUAACAUGAAUUCUCCACACGACAUGUCGCCCACGCAGGGCCCAACACAACUUGCUGCCGGCCACGCGCCGCCUACCCCACCACAUGAAGACCCGCUCGAUGACAUCUACGGCUCCGCGCCCUCAUCCCCAGUCAACGAAAUGCUGUCUGAUCUGCCCUCGCGCCAACGUGCGCUCGACAACGACGCCUAUCGCGAAGGUCUCGCGCAGAGCAAGGGCCAGUACGUGCAAGCCGGAUUCGACGAGGGCUACUCUCUGGGUGCGAAUCUCGGGCUGCGUGUGGGCUAUAUUCUGGGCGUGUUGCAAGGGUUUGUUGCGGCGUGGAAGGGUCAUGAUGCGGUGUUGUAUCGCGAGACGAAGGAUGUUUUUGAGCAAGCGAAGACGGAACUUGCGAUUGAGGAGCUGUUGGGGGAGAAAUGGGUAGAUGGGGAGGGUCUGUGGAAGUGGGAUGUAGAGGGCGAGGAGGAGAAGGGGUUUAGGGUGGUUGCGGAUGCUCAUCCUGUUGUGGUGAGGUGGAUGGGGAGGGUGCAGGAUAUGGCGAGACGGUGGGGGGUGGAUAUGAGGGCUGUAGAAAGGAGUUUGGGGGACGAUGAGGGGACGGGGGAGGCGGAAAGCUGA